AUGCUUGCUGGAGUCUCCGUCAUCGCUUUCGGUUUGUUGGGUUACAUAGAAACACACGGAUGGUUUAUAUCACUUUCUUUCCUCUUUCGAAUAUUUGAAGCUUUAGGUUCUGCUGCUGCUGUAACUGCGGCAUUUGCCAUAACCGCCGCUGCAUUUCCGGAAAAUGUCGCCACGACAUUCGCCGCUUUGGAAAUUUUUUACGGUGUCGGUUACAUAGCUGGUCCAUCCAUCGGAGGAAUAUUGUACAGUUUCGGGGGUUACGUUCCUCCUUUUCUGGUCAUGGGUACCGCACUCUUAUUGGACGGAUUGGUUGUCUAUUUUGUUUUACCAUCGUAUAAGAGAAACGACGUUAAACCCAAAGCCGGAUUUAAAGAAAUAUUUAAAGUUCCAGCAGUAUUGCUCGAUGCUUUAAGCGUCAUGUCAGCUUCCAGCGUAUUAGGAUUUUAUUCGGCGACGUUAGAACCGCAUAUAAGAGAAUUCGAGUUAAGUCCGAUAACUUUGGGCCUUAUGUUCGUUAUUAACGGAGCAUUUUACGCAGCGAGCGCUCCAUUUGUCGGAAUGUUAUGCGAUAGAAAAGUCAAUCCAAAAUUAUUAAUACUCGCAGGAUCGGCAUUCAUGGUAUUCAGCGUUUUACUAGUUGGUCCAGCUCCAUUUAUACCGAUCGAAAAAACUUUAGGCCUCGUCAUUGCUGGCCUGGUAUUGGAAGGAUUCGGUAUGUCUUGCAUAGUCGUAUCUGCUUUCAUCGAUUCUUUAAGAUCCUCCGUCGCUGGAGGAUUUCCAGACGAUAUUGCUACCUAUGGACUCAUGUCUGGAUUGUGGGCAUCUUCGUUUUCAUUGGGUGAUUUCGUCGGUCCUUCCGUUGCCGGAUUUUUAACCGAUUGGUUCGGUUUUAGAUACGGUAGCCUAUUCAUCAUCGCCGUACACGGUAUUCUAAUGUUACUCAUGAUUAAAGUUUUACUAUCACAAAGAAAGAGUAAAACGUGUUCGAUCACAAAAGACGAAAUGACGACGACGACGGCGAUCACGACGACGACAACGGCGUCGGCGUCGGUGGCAGUCCCGCCACCGACCGUUAAAGAAGAACACGUCAACCCGUGUAUUGUUCUAGAAGAAAAUUGUUUAAAAACGAACGGCAACACCGGAACGGGUUACGGUUCGAUUGAAACCAAGCAAGAGUACGAAGUUAGCAGAAUGUAA